AUGAAUAUACCAAUUUCGCAGCUAUACAACUCAAAUAUUCCAGGAGUACCUUUUAAUAUUGAAGCAUAUUUUCCAAGAAGGCUAGAUGCAAUAAAAAUAACAGAUAACCAGAUGCCAACAACAUCUUCACAGAUGCAUAAUACAGAGAGGCUGCCAAUAGAUAGAAAAACCCCUGAUUUGGUAAAUACAGAAGGAUCUGCACCUGUAAUUAAAAAAAGAAAAUAUACUGAAGACACAGAAGAAGAAAUAGAAAUCAUAGAAAGAAGCACGGAUACUAGAAACUUUUCUAUACUAUAUAUGGUUAGAAAUUCAAAAGAAUAUGCAAAUUUCAUAAACUCUCUUCAUAGGUAUAAACUAGCUAUGGCAAAAGCCACAAAGAAUGAUGAACAAAGUGUGCCAAUAUUCUUUACUCCUGAAGUGAAUAUUCAAGAUAUAUAUCCUAAAUUAAUGGACGAUAUAAAGAAUGCUGCUGAAGAAAGUAAAAUUAUAUGGUAUGGUUUAUAUUCUAUUAAACAAGAAAAAAAUGUAAGAACAAAGUUGGAAUUUAUUAAAGAUAUAUCAAUGGGUUCAUAUAAAGUAGAUCAAAUGUUUAAAAAUUACAAUAGUUUAUACACAUACGAAUUGAUAUUUAAUUUAAAUAAGUACUUAACUAAAGAGUGCCCAUCUUGCUAUAAUAUAUCUCUAAUGAAUCUAAUAACAGAAGAAUCAAUGCCAUUUAAUUCCAAUCAAAUUACGAUUGGCGACAUAUAUCUUAAAAGAGAGAUGAGUCUUCCAUGGCAUGCAGAAAGUUUGUUGCUGUCAUAUAUAGAUCAGGCAUUACAAACAUCCUUUGCUGAGUUUGAAGAAAAUUUAGAUGACCUACAGCUAAAAAGACGGCUGCUAUUGAUUUUAUGUAUUCCUGAGAUAUAUGAAGACCUAUUUUAUAUGAAAUAUGAAGAGAUUAGUCGAGUAAAAAAUAGAAUUCUUGCAAUUUUUUCUAAUAGAGUAGUUAAAGCACAAUGUAGUCUAUUUUGUAUUAUAGAAUAUUUGCACGGAAAUAUUUACAAUAAGAAACAUAUAAUGGAAGAAUCAUAUAAGAAACUACAAGAAGCCACGGCGUCUUAUUGUUUUUUAUACAAACAUAGCGAAAUAGAUAUAUAUAAACUUGUGUAUAAAACAUUUGCCGAUUUCUACAAAUAUUCUUUAUAUUUAUAUGAAGUAGACACUGAUUAUUAUAUAAAUAAUGGCCAUCUAACAGAAAAGCAGAAAAUUUCAUAUGAUGCCAUGAAAAAAUAUAUAAAGAUACCAGAAAACAACAUAAUUCCAUACCAAGGAAAGGGAGUUGUCAUAGCGCACAAUUAUAGUAGAUGUAUCGUAAGAUUCCAAUAUGUUGGUUCUAUGCCAGCAAAUGAAAGAAUGUUAGACAAUAUAGUAGACAAACAAACCCGUUAUAAUUAUAAGUAUAAAGAGGGUAUAGAACUAUCUUAUCGCCGUCACUACCACGUGCAAGUUGUAGACAAUAGUGCGCAUCGUGUGCAUAUUAUGCAUAUUCCUUUCUUUGUUUCUAAUGACGCUGGGACUAUUAAGUAUAACUAUAUACACACACUUGAAGAUAUUGCAGAUUAUAUAAAGAAAACACUCCAUACUAAGGUCAAAACACGCCAGCAAAUUAAUGCGGGCAUAUAUCCAUUCAAAUAUAAUAGAGCAGAAAAAACAUGGUCAAUGGUAACUAAGCUGACUAACACAGAGGCUAAAAGAAGAAAGUUAGAAGUCACAGAGAAUGAAAUGAAUAAAACAAUGGAAGAAAUGCACAACUCUGGAUUUGAUGUUGUAUUCUACUAUAUAAAAGAGAAUAUAGAGACAACAGAAUUUGCAUUUGCGCAGUUUAACCCUAUAGGUGAAAUGGUUAUUAAUAAAGCGUAUGAAGAGAACAGAGAGGAAGCAAAGAAGUUAUUUGAUGAAUAUGAGAUGAAUGUUGGCUCACCAAGAAUUCCUUUAUUCCUUCCCAAGCUAAUGACAUCAGCUAUUCACAUGGGUCCAUACGUUCUAAAGUCUGAAAUGUAUCAAUCUAAGACUCUAGGCGAUUACCAAGACUUAGUUCCCAUUGAAUUUUCUAAUUGGCUAGACCAUCUUGCAAAUACAAACAGUUUAAACACAAAGAUUGUAGAAUUAAUCAAUCAAAAUAAGCAUGAAAUAUACUAUUAUAGCGACUUUGUUAUACUUAGCAUAAACCAGCCAUAUGAAGAUUGUGACUGUUAUGGUAUGGAGACUGUGCAAACAGAUUACAAAUUUGGCAUGAUAGAAAUCGCUUGGUACGUAAAAAAACCAUAUGGCAUAGGAGAAUAUACCAAUUAUGAACUAGAUCUAACACAUACAAAUACCAAUUGUAGCAUGCGCAAUGUAAUAGAAAGAAGUAAACCAGAGGUAUUAGGUUAUUUCUUAGAAAUGCUUCAAAGAAAACAUGUGUCACAGGACAUGGCCUAUUAUAGUGUAUUUAUAUAUACAUUAAAAGACACAAAUAAGACAAAUAUAAUUCCUCUUUUCUGUUUAGAUCUAAAAGAACGUAUGAACAGUUUAUUAAGUGAGGGCAGUGAAAUGGAUAACAUUAUUAAUCCUAUAUUUAAAGAAAAAGGCAAAAAUUUCAAGGAUUAUCUAAAUGAAAGAAUACCAAAUGUUUAUGAUAUUUCUAAAGUACAUAUAAGUGUAAAGAAUGUUAAUUAUACAAAGUCUAAGCUUGGUUUAAAUUAUAAUAUUUUAAAUAUUUUCUUCUAAAAGAAGACAAAGAAUACCUAAAAAUUAAUUGAGUAUUAGACUCAACUGACUGUUUAAGUAAUAUUCACCAAAUUAUCAUUAAUUUGAGUAUAAAGUUUCUUUAACCCAAUGGUUAUUUUAGUAGAAGAAUAUUUAUAUGCCAUAUUAUCAUUACAUAUAUACAUCAAAUGUACUUAUUAUAUAAGAUUUAGAGUUAUAUGCAGUGCAAAAGACAUUCCUAUGCUAAUAGGAAGCAAAUAAAUACCUAAAGCAAAUUAUUCACUAUUUCAAUAUAUUCCGAUU